AUGCAACGGGUCGGGGUUCCUUCUGGGGUUGAUGAGGAGCUUCUUCAUCACUGCCUCAUUCUCUUCCUUUUAAACCUUCAACUUCAUUUUCAACCACCUCCUCGUCCUCCUCCUCCUUCUUUUUUUCUUUCUUUCUUUCUUUCUUUCUUACUUUAUUUCUUUCUUCCUUUUUUCUUUCUUCCUUUCUUCCUUUCUUUCUUUCUUUUUUCUUUCUUUCUUACUUUCUUUUUUUCUUUCUUUCUUUCUUUCUUCCUUUCUUUCUUCCUUUUUUCUUUCUUUCUUUCUUACUUUAUUUCUUUCUUCCUUUUUUCUUUCUUCCUUUCUUCCUUUCUUUCUUUCUUUUUUCUUUCUUUCUUACUUUCUUUUUUUCUUUCUUUCUUUCUUUCUUCCUUUCUUUCUUCCUUUUUUCUUUCUUUCUUUCUUUCUUUCUUUCUUUCUUUCUUUCUUUCUUUCUUUCUUUGUAUUGUACUUUUUCUCUUACAGCUUCUCUUUUUUAAUUUACUUCUCUAUCUUUCUCAUAUCCUUAAAAAUUCAACUACUCCUCUUCUUCCUCUUCCUACUGCUCUUCACGCACACCCACUAUCUGUCUGUCUCUCUUUCUUUCUGACUCUCUCUCUCUCUCGCUUUCUAUCUCUCUCUUUCCGUCUUAUCCUAGCGCAUUCGGCUUUCUUUAAAUCGAACCAUCACGCAAAAACGCGCACUUAUUUAGGCCGCUACAAAUUUUUGAGUUAUCAAGUACGUUACUUGCAUGUAAGAACGGAUCUCUCUCUCUCUCUCCCUCUCCCUCUCUCUCUCUCUCAAUCCCUCUUUUUCUCUCUCUCUCAAUCUCCUUCUUUCUUUCACUCUCUUUCUUUCUCUCUCGCCCUCCUUUUCUUUCCCUCUCUCUCUCUUUCUGUCUCUCUCUUUCUCUCUCUCUGCUAUACCCUUUCAGGACUUCCUUUAAGUAAUUCUUGCCAGGUUCCCUCUUCUCAUUCUUUUUGCUUAUUCAGGCGAGCACUUAAUGUGCCCCGUGAUCGUUCAAUUCGCCAUACCUUCAGUAUAUUGAUCAGUAGCAGAAAAACCGAUUCAUGCCGGCAUUUUGCAAAGAUUACAAAAUAUUACAAUGGUUGUUAUGAAAAGACAUAUUGA